AUGGCGCCGCCGCCGCCGCCGCCUCUGUCGCCGCCUCUCUGCACGCUGCCGCCGGGGCCCGGGCCCCCGCGCUUCGUGUGCUAUUGCGAGGGGGAGGGAAGCGAGGACGGAGGCCGCGGCGGCUUCAACCUCUAUGUGACGGACGCCGCGGACCUCUGGAGCACCUGCUUCACGGCGGACAGCCUGGAGGCCCUCAAAGCCCGUUUGGGCCUGAGUGCGGCUGAGGAGAUCACCCCCCGGUUCAGGGCAGCCUGUGAGCAGCAAGCUGUGACUUUGGCCCUGCGGGAGGAUGGAGCAUCCCUAACCCUUUCCGGGGGGCCCUGGGCCCUGGAUUUCGAGCUCUCCAAGGUGCCGGGCCCAGAGGCAGCCUCCAGGUUGCGGGCACUGACACUGGGUCUGGCAGAGCAAGUGUGCAACUUGAAGAGGCAGCUGGCAGGCCUGCAGGUGACAGCCGCCAGCCCCAAAAAGAGCCCUUGUCUGGCAGGGCCUCAGUUCUUCUUACCAGGUAAGGCCUGUCACCUGGGACUUCGGUGGGGGCUGUGCUCCUCCUCCCUCUGUGACUCCCCUUCCCCAGAACAAGAGUCGGGCCCCAAAGACAGCAUGUGCACGGAGAGGGGGCCGUGGCUCUGGGAUUCUACCGACUCAGGAAGCCCCGUCCCGUCCUGUUGCCCUCAGACCCGGACCCCCAGAGAGGUGGCCCUGGACUUGGGGUCAGGAGGCGGUGUCCAGGAGAGUCCCUCAUCAACCCUGGCUUCAAGAGUAAGAAACCAGCCAGCGGUGUAGACUUUGACAGCCCCUGAAGGCGCAGCACCAAGUGUGACCCUGCCAGGAGUCUGCUCAUGCGGUGGGGACAGCGCCUGAGACCCCACAGCCCGUCCUGCUGCCAGAGGGGAACAAACCUGCUCCUUGGACCCCUUCCCCUUUAAAUAAAUGGCUUCCUCAGGUGGAGGAAACGGC